AGCGGCCAGUCUAUUCCAAAAAUCUGAACCGAUCCUUUUUGUGUUUCUAUUUCUUUCUUGUUUAAAAAGAAAAGAAAAGCCAAUCUACUUACUAUAAAUACUCUCUCUACCUCCAAUUCAUUUCAUUUCCAAUUCCCUUUACAAAAAAGAUUAAAGAAAAAGAAAUGCAUCUUUGCAAUGCUUGGUUACCGCCACCGGUAGCGGAGGAGACGAAGAAAGAGAGAGAGUCGUUUAGUCAAGUGGUUAACUUCGUGAAGUCGUUUUACAAACCUGAUGAUCCUGAAUCUGUUUACGCUACUCUCAAAUGGAUUUCCGUUAUUGAACUGUUUAUAAAGGCAAAAAGUGAAGUGGCUUUGGAAGAUGUAGCUCAGGUUGUUGAAAUUGGGAUUCGGUUGUUUAAUAUAUCUCAGGACAAACUUUACGCACAGGUUAGAUGGGGAACUCUGUUAGUGAGAGUGCUAAAUAAGUAUCGAAAGAAGUUGCAUUCCUUGAAAGUUCAAUGGCGGCCUUUGUAUGAUACUUUGGUUUAUACCCAUUUCACCAGAAAUACUGGUCCGGAAGGAUGGAGGUUGAGACAACGUCACUUUGAGACUGUUACUUCUCUUGUUAGAUCCUGCCGAAGAUUCUUUCCACCAGGCUCUGCCUCGGAGAUAUGGUCCGAGUUUAUUUCUCUAAUGGAAAAUCCAUGGCAUAACUCAUCAUUUGAAGGAUCUGGGUUUGUGAGACUGUUUUUACCCACCAACACGGACAACCAGGAUUUCUAUACAGAUGAUUGGGUUAAGAAGAGUUUGGAACUGUGGGACUCAAUACCAAAUUGCCAAUUUUGGAAUAGCCAGUGGGCAGCUGUCGUAGCACGUGUUAUAAAGAACUGCAAUUUUAUCAACUGGGAAUGCUUCUUACCAACACUUUUCACCAGAUACUUAAAUAUGUUUGAGGUUCCUGUGGCAAAUGGAAGUGGAUCAUAUCCCUUUUCUGUUGAUGUUCCCAGAAAUACAAGAUUUUUGUUCUCCAAUAAAACAGUCACCCCAGCAAAGGCUAUUGCAAAAUCAAUUGUAUAUCUAUUAAAACCUGGUAGUUCAGCACUGGAACAUUUUGAGAAAUUGGUCGACCUCUUAGAACAAUAUUACCAUCCCUCAAAUGGUGGUCGCUGGACUUAUUCAUUGGAACGGUUUUUGCUUUAUUUGGUAAUCACAUUCCAGAAGCGCUUACAGAACGAGCAACAGAGUACAGAUAACAAUAAUCCAGCUGAAUUGUUUUUGGGGAGAUUGGAAAGGACUAAUUUUGUUAAUGUGCUGCUGAAGUUGAUCGAUCGUGGGCAAUAUAGCAAGAAUGAACAUCUUUCUGAGACAGUUGCUGCAGCAACUUCCAUUUUGUCGUAUGUGGAGCCUUCUUUGGUUCUUCCAUUUAUAGCAUCUCGGUUCCAUCUAGCACUGGAGACGAUGACCGCCACCCACCAGUUGAAAACGGCUGUUAUGUCUGUAGCAUUUGCGGGACGUUCACUGUUUCUCACAUCUCUAUCCGCUUCAGCAAAACAGGUUGAUCUUGGUGGCGGCAAUGAAGCAUUCCUUGAUCUUUUGAUGAUUUCUCUAUCUAAUGCAUUGCUUGGUAUGGAUGCCAAUGAUCCUCCAAAAACCUCGGCAACGUUGCAAUUAAUUGGUUCCAUUUUUUCCAAUAUUGCUACUUUAGAUGAUGACAAUAAUGAUCUGUCGUUCAUGCCAAUGAGCCGCUUUUCUGAGUGGCUGGAUGAGUUCUUAUGUCGCCUAUUUUCAUUACUUCAACAUUUGGAAUCCAGUAGUGUUCUGAAUGAAGGUCUGCAUUCAUCAGCAACAUCUGGGACUUUUCUGGUUGAGGAUGGUCCAUACUAUUAUUGCAUGCUUGAAAUCUUACUUGGAAGACUUUCAAAAUCGCUAUACAAUCAGGCCUUAAAGAAAAUUUCAAAGUUUGUUAGGACAAAUAUUCUUCCUGGAGCUAUUGCCGAAGUUGGACUGCUUUGCUGUGCAUGUGUUCAUUCAAACCCAGAUGAGGCAGUUGGUUCUCUUGUUGAGCCAAUUUUGUCAUCUGUUAUAUCAUCUUUGAAAGGAACUCCUGUUACAGGGUUUGGAGGAAGAGGGAUUCUUGAUGCCUCAAUUUCAACCAAGGCAAAACAAACACUAUCUCCAGCUCUUGAAACUGCAAUUGACUAUCAGUUGAAAAUACUGUCAGUUACCAUCAGCUAUGGAGGUCCUGCCCUUCUUCGUUACAAGGAACUAUUCAAAGAAGCAAUUGUGUCUGCUUUUGAAUCUCCCUCGUGGAAGGUUAAUGGAGCCGGUGAUCAUCUCCUUCGGUCCCUGCUUGGAAGUGUGAUUCUCUACUAUCCUAUCGAUCAGUACAAGUGCAUGUUUCGCCAUCCUGCUGCUGCAGCAUUAGAAGAAUGGAUCAGCACAAAGGAUUUUGUCAGUGAUGAACAAUUUACAGGUCCCAAGUGGCAUGUUCCAAAUAAUGAAGAAAUUCAGUUUGCAAAUGAACUUUUAAACAUUCAUUUUCAAUCAGCUUUAGAUGAUCUUUUGGGAAUAUGCCAAAAUAAAAUCCACUCUGAUCCAGGAAAUGAGAAAGAGCACUUAAAAGUGACUCUUUUGCGUAUUGAUUCUUCAUUGCAAGGUGUUUUAUCUUGCUUACCUGAUUUCAGCCCAUCCUCCAGGAAUGGGAAUGUUGAAGGUUCAAGUCACACUCCUUUCUUGAUAGCUGGAGCAACUGGUUCAACUGUUGGCAGCAUUGAACUUCGUGAAAAAGCUGCUAAGAUUAUCCAUACGGCUUGCAAGUACCUGUUGGAAGAAAAAUCAGAUGACAGCAUCCUAUUGAUUCUCAUUGUUCGUAUCAUGGAUGCCUUGGGCAACUAUGGAAGUUUGGAGUAUGAUGAGUGGUCAAAUCAUCGGCAGGCUUGGAAGCUAGAAUCAGCUGCCAUUGUAGAGCCUUCCGUAAAUUUCAUCGUGUCAUCUCAUUCUAAAGGAAAGAAAAGGCCUAGGUGGGCUCUUAUUGACAAGGCAUACAUGCAUAGUACAUGGAGGUCAUCACAAUCAUCCUAUCAUCUGUUCCGUACAAGUGGGAGUUUUUCUCCAUCAGACCAUGCGAUACUUUUAAUGGAAGAUCUACUGAACCUCUGUUUGCAUAGCUAUGAAACUGUUCGUGCACUUGCUGGAAAAUCGCUGCUAAAGAUGCUCAAGAGAUGGCCAUCUAUGAUUUCAAAGUGUGUGCUCUCUCUUACUGAAAACUUAAGGAACCCGAACUCACCAGAGUAUGCAGUCCUAGGUUCUUGUGCAGUCCUUUCAACACAGGCAGUUCUCAAGCAUUUGACAACGGAUGCAAAAGCAUUAUCUUCAUUUCUUCUUGGAAUUCUUUCAAGCUCACAUCAUGAAUCAUUGAAAGCUCAGAAAGCAAUUAAUGAGCUUUUUGUCAAGUACAACAUCCACUUCUCUGGAGUAUCUAGAGCCAUCUUCAAGGCAUCAGACGAUCUCAGGGAUGGAUCAGAUUUUGCAGAUUUGGUUUCACAGAUUGGAUCUAUGAGUUUUGAUUCUACUGGAUUACACUGGCGGUAUAACCUGAUGGCUAAUAGGGUUCUGCUUUUGUUGGCUAUGACAUCUAGAAAUGAUCCAAACUUCUCUUCAAAAAUCUUGAGUGAAACUGCAGGCCACUUCCUAAAAAAUUUGAAAAGUCAACUUCCUCAGACAAGGAUACUUGCAAUUUCAGCUCUGAAUACAUUAUUAAAAGAAUCACCAUAUAAAUUGGCUGAGAAUGAAUCUGCAUCCUGUGGGGAGCUACACACAAAUACCAAAUCAUCUCUUGAAGGGGCAUUAAAUGAAAUUUUCCAGGAAGAUGGAUUUUUUAGUGAAACUUUGAAUAGUCUUUCGAAUGUUCAUAUAAUCACUGAUGUCGAUAGCACAUCUAGAGGGAGUCAUGGAAAUUCUUCUUUUCAAAGCCUGGCAGACAAAUCAAUCACCCGUUUUUAUUUCGACUUUUCAUCUUCAUGGCCACGUACACCUAGUUGGAUUUCUCUAUUAGGAAAUGAUACCUUUUACUCAAACUUCGCACGAAUUUUUAAGCGGUUAAUACAAGAAUGUGGUAUGCCUGUUUUACUGGCACUUAAAAGUUCAUUGGAGGAGUUUUCAAAUGCUAAGGAAAGGUCUAAGCAAUGCGUUGCUGCUGAAGCAUUAGCAGGAGUGCUGCAUUCUGAUGUGAAUGGUCUUUUAGGAGCAUGGGACAAUUGGAUCAUGGCUGAGUUGCAGAGAAUUAUUCUUUCUCAAUCAGUUGAAUCUUUACCUGAGUGGGCAGCUUGUAUACGUUAUGCAGUUACAGGAAAGGGAAAAUAUGGUACCAGAGUUCCUCUUCUCAGGCAACAAGUCUUGGACUGCUUGAUGACACCUUUACCUGCAGCUGUAACUACCACCAUUAUUGCAAAACGCUACACUUUUCUUUCAGCUGCACUCAUAGAAGUAUCUCCGCAAAAAAUGCCACCACCUGAGAUACAGCUCCACAGUAAACUUCUUAAUGAAUUGUUGGCUAAUAUGUGUCAUUCCUCAGCCCAAGUCAGGGAGGCUAUAGGUGUUACCCUUUCCAUUUUGUGCUCCAACAUUCGCCUCCAUUCAUCAUUGGCUCAAAAUCAUUCAAGUGAAGGAGCAAAGUCCCAGGUUGAUGACCAGCUGAAAGAGGAAAACUGGGUCCUAGUCCUGACAGAACGAGCAUCUGAUGUGGUUACAAAUAUUCAGAAAACUAGUCCUGCAGACAAUUUGGAGAUACCAACAAGGACAGUUCCUCAAAAUGGGUCCUUGAAUGGUGAUGCCCAAGAUGACGUUAAGUGGAUGGAGACGCUAUUUCAUUUUAUCAUCUCAACAUUGAAAUCUGGAAGAUCAUCUUAUUUGCUGGAUGUUAUUGUAGGAUUUCUCUAUCCAGUAAUUUCCUUACAGGAAACAUCAAAUAAAGAUUUGUCAAUCCUGGCAAAGGCUGCUUUUGAAUUGCUAAAAUGGAGGAUCUUUUGGGAACCUCAUCUUCAGAGGGUUGUUUCAGUGAUUCUCUCUUCAGCCAAUGAUUCUAACUGGCGGACCAGAUCAGCUACUCUGACAUAUCUGCGCACUUUUAUGUAUAGGCACACUUAUAUUCUCUCAAGGGCAGAGAAACAACAAAUUUGGAAGACAGUUGAGAAUCUUUUGAGAGACAAUCAAGUAGAGGUAAGAGAGCAUGCUGCGGCAGUUCUAGCAGGUCUAAUGAAGGGUGGGGAUGAAGAUCUUGCUAAAGACUUUCGCGAUAGAGCUUAUACAGAGGCUAAUACCAUUCAAAGGAAGAGAAAGCAGAGGAAUUUAAAAUCUGGUCAAUCUAUAGCAUCUAUCCAUGGUGCUGUGCUUGCUUUGGCAGCUUCUGUAUUAUCUGUUCCAUAUGAUAUGCCUGGGUGGUUGCCAGAGCAUGUUACUUUACUGGCUCGUUUUGGAGGAGAGCCAUCACCUGUGAAAUCUACUGUUACCAAGGCUGUUGCCGAGUUUCGGCGGACUCAUGCAGAUACAUGGAAUUUCCAAAAAGAUUCAUUUACUGAAGAGCAACUUGAGGUUCUGGCUGAUACAUCCUCUUCAUCAUCUUAUUUUGCUUGAUACAGAGUUACCAUACUAGGAAGAGAAAAUAUAUACAAUAGGAAUUCAAUGAUUGAAGAACUGCUAGAAUAAUGAUUGGAAGAUUAGCAGGAAAUAGUGUAAUUCUUGAUUUCAUAUUGUAUAAUCUAGAAAUGAAGUUUUAUUUACAUUUGCUUCAUUUGUCAUUGCAAUAAGAAGUUUUAUUGUUACUUGGUAA